AUGGAAGACGUGGCGGAGAAAGUUGAAAGUAUUGAGAAACGGCUCAAUGGAUUGGUCGAAAGUUUCAGGACAUUAUGCAGGAAUGGAGACCACCGCUCAAUGCAUACGAACAAGCAGCCAAGUUGGAUAGCACAAUUCUGCAAGGCCCUGGAUAAUAUUUCAGCAGACUUGCGGACUGUCAAGGCGACGCUCAGUACACGUAUGCGUAGCGGCAACUGCCAUUUGCAGGCUGAUGACACAGCGAAUUCCAUGACCGAAAUCGAAACACAACAUGGUACUCCUACACAAAUCCAGUGUGAACCAACUCCUCCCGCUGUCGUGAAGAGCCAAGGGAAGGCACACCCGGUCUGUGAAGAAGGUCGCGACCCGCAUGCGGAAACGACAACUUACAUAGUCCAGAGUCAAGUACCGCAAGCAGAAACACACUGCAGUGAAGCAGUACGGCCGCUACGGAAGCCUCCAGCUACACACAAUCGGCUCUCACGAAUGGACACGAAGGCUGUCUCAGCACCGCUGGACGUGCCUUCAGCCCUUACUCGAAGAAAGAGGAAGGCUACGCAGACCGAGAUUGAGCCAAGUAAGGCCAAAGUUGCGCCCCAAAUCAGUAUCCUCUUCGAGGCAGUACGCGGGAAGGAGGCAUUCCGCCGCCUGCGCACUUUAGUUCGCAGCUGGAGAGACCAGUCGAUGCCGUUAUUUGACCUUAACAAGGACAACGAACUUGCCGUGCAACUUGUACGAGUGAUUGGCGUCGGAGAGGGAAGAUCACCGCUUAUUGAAUUCUUGAACCGCUUCGCGAAAGUUAAGCUGGCCGAUGUGAUAGACAGCGGAAAGGCAGGCCGUAGUUCUGCAGAUCCAGCGAGUCUUAACGAGCUCAUGGAUGGUCUGAAGUGGGUAAGAACGAAGCGGAACCGUACGCGUUUGCAUGAUUACCUCAAGGAAGGCCGGCGAUGGAGAAGACUUUGCGGCAAUUUCGACGGCCUCUUGUGUCUCAUUCCACCGAAUCGAGAAGAUAGGGAAGCCACUCAAAGGAUUUCUGGCCGUAUGUAUUAUGAAUUAAGUCAGCACGAUAUACAGCAGUUCCACUCGUUGUUAAGCUCCGAUCAUUCAAUGCCCCUAUCUCGAAUUGGAGACAUCCUCCAAAUGUCGAUCUGGCAAAACACAGAGAUUCCAGAAUUCGAAUGGGAGAGCGAGGAUCCCCAAGAACUCGAUCGAUUAUCCGCUAAGGAGCUAGCUCCUUUCAUGCGGGAGUUCCAUUCGAUAGAAGAAAACGAGGUCGCGAAAUAUGAAUGGCCGAAGCCCGACUGUUGGCCCUGGGCAUGGCCCAGACCCCCUAGCUGGGUUCCCCCUUCUGAUUCUCGAUGUGAGCUCUGCAGCGAAGGAGAUUGCAAUUGCAUUUUUUCAUGCUUGCCUCAGACUCGACCUCGAAUCAGUAACGAGCCUGGAAAGGGCCAAGGCGUUCGAGCGGUUGGUAUAUACAGAAAAGACCAAAUCUUGGGGGAGCUUCUUGGAGAGUUUGUGCCUCUUGACACAUUUAAUGAUGGCUGGGCCACGGAGUUCAGAAGGCCUGAUCUUAGCGACGAGCCUGUCGCGCAGAUCUAUUCCAAAAAGAUGGGAAACUGGGUUAGGAAAGUCAAUCACUCGUGCGAUCCGUCAGCAGAGUUCAAGGUAAUGAAGAUAUCUGGGACGUGGAGACAAAUGAUUGUUGCAGUCAGGGACAUAUCACAUGAUGAAGAAAUCACUGCCUUCUGCGGAACCAACUUUCUGCGAGGGCAAGGAAAAACCUGUGUUUGCAGCGCAUGUAGCAAAUAG